CUCUGUUCGUCCUCUCCCCUUUCACUGCGGCACCAUCUCCGAGCGGACUAGCUCGCUGCGUUCAUCCCAGACCCUGACCGCAGACUGCCGGAUUUGAACCGUCGGUGCCGCUUCCCAGAAGCCUCCAGCUCUCGAUCCAAUGCAGGCCAUCAAAUGUGUGGUCGUCGGCGACGGGGCUGUGGGAAAGACCUGUCUGCUGAUCAGCUACACCACCAAUGCCUUCCCUGGAGAAUACAUCCCCACUGUCUUUGACAACUACUCUGCCAAUGUGAUGGUGGAUGGAAAGCCAGUGAAUCUGGGCCUUUGGGACACAGCAGGACAAGAAGACUAUGACAGGCUCAGACCAUUGUCUUAUCCACAGACGGAUGUGUUCUUGAUAUGCUUCUCCUUGGUCAGUCCGGCUUCCUUUGAGAACGUCAGAGCUAAGUGGUACCCAGAGGUGAGGCACCAUUGCCCAAACACACCCAUCAUCUUGGUGGGCACCAAGCUGGAUUUACGGGAUGACAAGGACACCAUCGAGAGGCUGCGGGACAAGAAGCUCUCCCCCAUCACCUACCCGCAGGGUCUGGCCAUGGCCAGAGAGAUCGGGGCCGUGAAGUACCUGGAGUGCUCGGCCUUGACCCAGCGAGGCCUGAAGACGGUGUUCGACGAGGCCAUCCGAGCGGUGCUCUGCCCCCCCCCAGUGAAGAAGAGGGGCAAGAGAUGCACCAUGUUCUGAGGAGGAGGAGGCACUGCUGGGGCAACACACUGCAUCACCAUGAACAACAACUGCUGCUUCUCUGGCAGGAUGACAGCUAGUGGGAGCAAGUCUGCAAUUCUGAGGUUUCUUUAGUGAUUUUGGUGUUUUUUUCCAAACCACGGCGGUAACAACUCUGAUAUUUAUUUUGGUUUGUUUGUUUCCAUAACCGGAUAAUGUCAUAGGUUCUCUGUGAAAGACUGACUGUCCAACAACGUCCUAGUCAUAGAAGCAGAUCAGGUAGCCAAGAGGGCUACAAGACAUAGGAGACAUAAGACAUACAGUUCCUAGAACUCCUCUUUUCAGCCUCGCUUGCUUGAAUUAAUGUGAAUAAAUGCACAGAAGGUAAACUGUGAAUAUGCCUUCAGGGUCAACGUUACCCCCAGCCUCUGAUCUAAGAUCAGCCUGUUAAAGCCAAAUACUACUGCCUAUCGUUUCUCAUCCUUUCUCUUUGUGGAACAUUUUCACAGACGAACACCAGAGGUUUUGCUCAGCAGUUAGUCAAACGUUGCUGGUUCUUUGGUGGUUGUUUCUGUGUGAAGAGGCGGCAGAACCGCUCCGGAUGUGUCAAAAUUCCUACAUGUGGCUCCUUUGGCUGGAGGAUUUCCUAAAUUCUGGUUUAAAUUCUGCAUUUCAGUGCCAAUAUUAUUUUAACUAGUUAAGCCGAGGCUGUAAAAGCUGUGAAAGCGGGCCGAAGCUUUCUUCUCAAACUCGCCGCACCGGUCAUGACCUGCUGUGACCUCGUCUGCUUGUAUUUCUCGUCCCGUCCCUGAACCUGACUUUGGACGUGUUUGAAUCCAGCACCGUUUCCCCUGAAGAUCCUCUGACAGAGAGGCAGACGUUUCCGUUCCGCUGAAUGAUUCUUUCCCUUCUGGACCUUCGUUACAGCCAACACAUUUCCAAAGUGACAGCUCCUGUUCGACAGAAUGAAAUCCAUUUGCCGGCUUGUCCUGAGUGGUGCAGACAGACACGGGGAACUCACCAGUUCCUCCUACACGUGUGUGCUUUACGUCUGGCACCUGAUCUCGUGGAAGGAGGUCAGCUGGAUCUGAACCCCCAGAGCUCCCAGUUUAAGCUUUUUCCUCAUGCAGUUCUCCUUCCAAACGUUUUGUUUUCACACCACAACAGCCUGAAUUCAAUCAAAGUGCGUAGAUGUUCAAAAAUGUAAGCAGCCAAUUCAAGACUCGAGACUCCAAGAGUGUCACAAACUCAGCUUUUUCCUAGAUACAUUGACAACAGAUGAACAAAUUCACAUGGGCCAGAGCUUUUUGGUUGCUGAGGAUGGAGGAAAGCAGGUCUGGAGUGAAGCGGAACAGAAAAUGCUGAUUGUGUUGAAGGUUUGGGUGUAGAGAGGAAGUCGUGGCUGUUAGCAGACGCAGGUCAAACUCAUUGGUCUAAAAACACACGUGGAUACCAGAGGUGGGACCAAGUCAUUGUUUUUUGCUACCCCCAAGUAAGUCCCAAGUCGAGUCACAAGUAAAGACCAGCAAGUCCCAAGUCGAGUCACAAGUAAAGACCAACAAGUCUCAAGUUGAGUCACAAGUUCUACUAUUAAUGUUUCAAGUCCUUUCAAGUCAUGUUUUUUUGCAACUUGAUUGGUUAGACUGUCCGGUUGAUCCAAAGUGGUCCUAACUAGGAAAUGUUUCAAAUGUAUGCAGUUAAAAACAUUCAGCAUGUUCAGGACAUUCAUGCUUAUACUUUUACUCACGUAAUUUUUGAAAUUUUACGCAAGUUUUGCAUUUUUUUUCUUCUUCAAAGUGUUCAUGUUAAGGAGACUAUUGCUACUGAGGUUUUUAUGGCUAAUUUUGAGUUUAGCAAAUGUUUAGCAACAUGCUAAUGUUUUUGGGUGAUUUGGCAUCAGUGAGGUGUGGAGAGGUUCACAGCUGCUGAGGCACUGACGUCAUCAGUCAGAUUUACAGACAUAUGAACCCUACACAGCAGCUGAUUCACCAUUUGAUUGACAUCAGUUAAAGUCUGUUGUUUAAAAUGUCAUUUCAGUAUUUUUCUUCUGUUUACAAACUGUGGCAUAGAAAAAAAUCACCAAGAUUGUUGCUGCGGACCGUCGGAUCAAUCCGAAGUGGUCCUAAUUUGAUUGGAUGUUGGGCCGACACCACACAAAACAGAGAAAUCACGGCGCGGCUUUCUCAGUAUACUUAAUAAUCCUUGGAUAUGGAGGAAAUAGCAAGUCUUUCCGAGUCAGAGGUCUGAUGUCCAAGUCAAGUCACGAGUCAGAGCUUUAAAAGUCCAAGUCUCAAGUCGUCAAAUUCAUGACUCCAGUCCAAGUCAUAUGACUCGAGUCCUCACCUCUGAUGGAUACACGAAACCCAUGUCUGAACCUGAGAGGAAAACAGGUGCAGCAGUAAAUGAAGGAGAAACUUUGGAUACGAGAUUUAGUUUGAUAACUUCUUUUAAAUAUUUCUGAGAUAAACAAAUAGAUGCAAAAUCAUAAAGCCGUUAGUGUGGCUGAAGCCGUCAUGUUAUCUGAACCUCACUUCCUGUGUGAAUUCCCAAACAUUCCUGCUUUUAUUCUAACAGUCGAGUUAAAACCGACUUCAGGCUCCAUUUUUAGACUUGUGGCCGCUCAACCAAGUCUGGUUCUGCAGGUCCCUUCCUCCUCAUUUCAUGGUGGGAUUACACCAAAACCCUUUGAAAUAAAUAAAAGUACUGAUGAUUUUGGCUGAAUUUGACGGUCAGAGGGAGUCAAUGUGAACAGUCUUGAUCUUGCGUUCUUUACGUGGCGCCCAGAGAUUUAAAUAGACCCCUCCCACAUUAAGCUGAAGUGAAAAAUGAAGCAAAACUGUGGACAAUCAGGAGUUUAACAAGUGCUGGCUGUCUGUCGCGAGCUGCUCCAGAACCCGACCAGAACCAGGGUUUCUCUGGUGGAGCAGCACAGAUGAGGUUUCCCUGAAGGACCUGGGGGUUCUGAUCCAGCGGUUCCUUCUCCACGCCGCUGGUUUUUAACAGCUGAUCUCAGUAGGAGACUGUGGAUAACUUGAUCCAGGUCAGACAGGUGUGUGGGCUGGACGACCUCGCUGCCUGAGUUCCACCGCCGCAGGGGGAGGAGCCUGCAUGGAUCUUAAAAUACUGUCUUACUUUCUCCCACGGUGUAGCUGUAGUCUCUUGUGUGUGUGUGAGACAGAUGUGUACAUACGGCUGGUGUGUGUGUGUGUGUGUGUGUCAUAGAUGUGGGACAGCUCUGUCCGACACUUGUGGGGCUGAUAAGAGACAGUUUUGUUUUAAGCCAAGUUUUUUAGUGUCAGUUUUUGGUAAUGUUUCAUAUUAUUAUAACACAGGAGAGUUUUCAGCAACAUGUGAACGUAAAGACAGAAAAAAGGCGAGUCAGCGACAUCUAGUGAUAGAUGAGGAGAAUAAUCCUUAGACAAGGAAAGUGUUAUGAGUAUCUGUAUGUAACUGAAUAUUUAACUUUGCAAAUGACUACAAACUAAAGGGAUUAGAGUUGCUCAUGUGAAAGUCAGACACAGGGGUCCGUCCUGAUGGAGGCUGUGAUGCAUUAGUGUGGCUGCAGAGCCUCUGGACGUCCCGCCGCCGCCUCAGGCGCGCUCUCUGUGGGGACACAGCUGUGUGGUCGAAUCGUGUCGUGUGAUCUGCGAGCUAAAGUGUCCAAAUGUAGCUGAAGACAGCAAAAAAUGAAAAUACUAAUAUUGCAUGGAAGUUCUCUGGUAUUUCACACACUGUCAUUCUUAGAAGAGAUUGUAUGAUCAAAAGCAUUGGCCAUGUAUGUAGUGUAAGAUGACUUGUAUACUUGUUCCAACCGUUUGUCCUAUUUCUUAUUACUUCCUGUCUGUGUGGUGAGCAAUUUCAACUUUUUGUAUACUAAAUACAAAUGCAUAUGUAAGCUA